AUGGCAGGGACAUAUGUUACAAUUCCUUGUUUCUUACCCGAGUAUCAAUCAACAACUCGUUCAAUUUUUCAUGAUGCAGUUUUUUAUUCAAAAGACAGAGAAGAAUUUGGAAAUUUUGCUGUAUUUAAAAUUUUAAUUGAAGAAUUAAAAUUUUUAGAAAAUACAGGCAUAGAACUUGAUUUACCACAAGGCAAGACUCAACUGUAUUUUAAACCGGGGCUGAUUGUAGGUGAUAACCUUGGUCUUCACUCUCUUUUUGGUUUUGUAGAAGGUUUUACAGCAAACUAUUCAUGUUGUUUUUGUAAAAUGGACAAAGUUCAACGUCUCUUAGCAACCACAGAAGACAAUUUUUAUUUACGAAAUGUUAAUAAUUAUAAUAAAGAUCCAAAAAUUUGUAAUCCAAAGACAACAGGAAUCAAAGAACAAUGUUGUUUCAAUGGUGUUGGUGAUUUUCAUGUGGUUAGUAAUUUAUGCUGUGAUAUAAUGCAUGAUUUAAUUGAAGGGGUUUGUGUAUUUGACAUGGUUGCUAUUAUUUCAAAUUUUAUUGAGAAUGGUUACUUUACCCUAAAUGAACUCAACAAUUGUUUAAAGAACUUCUAUUAUGGUAUUGUUGAUUCUGAUAAUGUUCCUCCUGCUAUUGAUUCUGGUGCUCUAAAUAAAAAUAAAAUAAAAAUGUCAGCAUCAGAACUAUGGACAUUUGUCAGAUAUUUUGGUAUCAUAAUUGGUGAUUUAAUACCAGAAGACAAUGCUGUUUGGCAAGUAUAUUUAAAUUUGCGUCAAUUAUUAGCUCUUGUAACUUCUACCACAAUAUCUAAAAAACACAUUCCAAUGCUGAAGAAUUUAGUACAACAACACAACUACCUAGCUCGUAAUGUAUUAAAACGUCAACUUUUUAAUAAAGAUCAUCAUCUUAUUCACUACGCAACUAUUAUUGAUACAUCUGGACCAGCAGUAAAUUUUUGA